UUUAUUUUAAUUUUGGUGUUAUUUGCUGAGUGUGCUUUUGGACUCUUGCAUGAUCCAGAAAGGUGCUCUGCUCUCUGUGUCUAUGGCUUUUUAUCUUCUUCUGUGUUGGCCAAACAGUCGUUGAUGAUUGAAGUCCUUGAAGCGAAGAAGACAACGAAGAUUCUGAGAGAUAUUCAACGCCGACGACUCGUCUUUUUUUUUUUUUUUUUUCUUCCGUCGGAGAUUUUUCUGCUGUGAAUUCGCCGGAGACUUUGGAGGAGCUGCAAGCUCUCGUUUUCCAAUUACGUGGAUAGCAGAGAUUGAUUUUCUCGCUGUAGAUCUUGAGUUUUGUUCAAAGUAAGACGCAGAGAUUGAGGCUUGAGGGCUCAGUGGAUUGGAAUUUCGAACAGAGCAGAGUGUUUGUUCAGUUUUUGAGUCUCAGUUUUAUUUUCAUCUUUUUUUUUUGUCAUAAAAAAGUUGGUGGCUUUGGAGUGGUUCAGUGAAAGGGUUUGGAGAUUGUGAAUUCAGUCUUCUGUUAAAGUUGGGUGGGAGAUGAAGCAGCUUGGAAUUCUGUGUAUUUCUUAGGGUUGGCGUGGCAGGGCAAUUGACCCUCUGAAUUGAGAAAACAAAACAUGGAUUUGAACUUUCAAGUUCAAGUUUGGUUGUUGGGAAAAUUAGAUACUGCUGUGGGGCUGUGAAGAUUUUCUGGUGAAAACGUGGCGAGGAGCUUUCUUUUUCGGCUCUGCUUUUGAUUCAUGUAUGCUUUUGUAAGCAUUUACUGAGAGGCAAGAAGAAGAGGGAUUUUUGAAAUUUUUUUUUCUUCUUUUAAAGAGGAUUGAUAUGAUUACGUUUAUGGAUUCAAAAGAGAAAUUGGAGGAAGGGGAGAAGUGCUUAGAUCCACAGCUAUGGCAUGCCUGUGCUGGAGGCAUGGUUCAAAUGCCUCCAGUGAAUGCCAAGGUCUUCUACUUCCCUCAGGGCCAUGCUGAGCAUGCCUGUGGACCUGUUGAUUUCAGGAACUGCCCGAGGGUUCCUCCGUACAUCUUCUGCAGGGUCUCUGCUAUUAAGUUCAUGGCUGAUCCUGAGACUGAUGAGGUUUAUGCAAAAAUUAGGUUGGUUCCUUCGAGUGCUAGUGAGGCUGGUUAUGAGGAUGAUGGAAUUGGAGGGCUUAAUGGUUCUGAAACACCGGAUAAACCCGCCUCAUUUGCGAAGACGCUGACGCAAUCCGAUGCAAACAAUGGCGGCGGCUUCUCUGUCCCGAGAUAUUGUGCAGAAACCAUCUUCCCGCGAUUGGAUUACUCUGCAGAUCCCCCUGUUCAGACAAUCCUGGCUAAGGAUGUUCAUGGUGAAACUUGGAAGUUUAGGCACAUUUACAGGGGGACCCCUAGGAGGCAUCUGUUGACCACAGGGUGGAGUACUUUUGUGAACCAUAAGAAGCUUGUUGCAGGGGAUUCAAUUGUGUUUUUGAGGGCAGAGAAUGGUGAUCUUUGUGUCGGAAUUCGUCGAGCAAAGAGGGGAAUUGGAGGUGGACCUGAGUCAUCUUCAGGGUGGAAUCCAACGGGUGGGAAUUGUACCAUGCCAUAUGGUGGAUACUCUGCGUUUUUGAGGGACGAUGAGAACAAGCUAAUGAGAAAUGGCAAUGGGAAUGGCUCGAAUUCGAAUGGAAGUCUAAUGGGUAAGGGGAAAGUCAGGCCUGAAUCGGUUUUUGAAGCCGCAACACUUGCUUCAAAUGGACAGCCCUUUGAGGUUGUUUACUACCCUCGAGCAAGUACCCCAGAGUUCUGUGUGAAAGCCUCAUUGGUAAAAGCAGCAUUGCAGAUCCGGUGGUGUCCCGGAAUGAGAUUCAAGAUGGCUUUUGAAACUGAGGAUUCUUCCCGGAUAAGUUGGUUCAUGGGAACUAUAUCCUCUGUUCAGUUGGCUGAGCCUUUGCGCUGGCCUGAGUCACCUUGGAGGCUUCUCCAGGUUACCUGGGAUGAACCUGAUUUACUUCAAAAUGUGAAGCGUGUUAGCCCAUGGUUGGUAGAAUUGGUAUCAAAUAUGCCCGCCAUCCAUCUGACACCCUUCUCACCACCAAGGAAGAAGAUGAGACUGCCUCAACACCCUGAUUUCCCAUUUGAAGGCCAACUUCCUAUGCCGACAUUCUCCGGCAACCUCCUUGGACCCAGCAGCCCCUUUGGUUGUCUGCCCGACAAAACUCCUGCUGGCAUGCAGGGAGCCAGGCAUGGUCAUUAUGGUCUAUCCUUAUCAGAUAUGCACCUCAAUAAACUGCAGACAGGUCUAUUUCCGGCUAGUUUCACGCCUCUUGAUCAUGCUGCUACAGCAACUAAAUUCUCCAAUAACACAAUGACUCAAAAACCUACCAUGAGCGAGAAUGUUUCUUGUUUGUUGACGAUGGCACAUUCUACCCAGACUUCAAAGAAACCUGAUGAUGUAAAGCCACCGCAGCUCGUACUCUUUGGUAAACCAAUACUUACUGAGCAGCAGAUUUCUCUGAGCUGCUCUGGUGAUACAGUCUCACCAGUUCUUACUGGAAAUAGUUCAUCGGAUGGGAAUGCAGAGAAAACCACUAAUCUUUCUGAUAAUUCUGGAUCUGCACUUCACCAACAAAGCCUACAAGAGCGCUCAUAUUGUGAAGGUUUCCAAUGGUAUAAGGUUACUCGGCAAGAAACUGAAUCGAGUUUGGAAACUGGUCACUGUAAAGUCUUCAUGGAAUCAGAAGAUGUAGGUCGCACUCUUGACCUUUCAGUGUUUGGAUCUUACGAUGAAUUGUAUAGGAAACUGGCCGACAUGUUUGGCAUAGAAAAUUCUGAGACGCUGAACCAUGUGCUCUAUCGAGAUGCUACUGGUGCAGUCAAACACAUCGGAGAUGAACCACUCAGUGACUUCAUGAAAACAGCAAGGAGAUUGACGAUUCUAAUGGAUUCAGGCAGCAACAAUGUAGGAAUGUAAAGAAAGAAUAAAACCUUGAUUCAAUUGUACAGCUGGUUGAUAAAAUCCUUUGUUUCCAUGCUGACCAUUUACCCUUCCUGAAGUUCUGGGAGAAGCCGCCCUGAUUCAAUUUUUGAGCUUCCAAUCUAAAUCCUUCCGGCUUCCUAAUUUUUUUUUUUAAUCUUUGUCGAAGAAAGAAUGUUUACAUUUUUAGAACUUGAUAACAGUAUCAUAAUUUGAUCAGGUUUUUUUUCUUCUUCUGUUCUUUGAGGUUUCUCCCUUUUUUGUAAUUUUUUGGCAGCCAAGUCCUACAAGUAUUAGUAGUUUUGUAGGAGUUGGCAUAUGUACUUAAAACUCUUUUGAUAAUGGCUGAAGCCUUCUAAGAAGGCCUUUUUUUUUUUUUU